CCAAACAAGCAAACCAAACCAAAACAGUUCCAAUACUUUAAAAAAAAUUUAUUCUUCUUCUUUUUCUCAAUACCACAAAACACAUUCAUGUCCAACUCUUUCACGCUAUCAUACCCAUGAGACCUUCAGCGCCACCCAAGACCACGGCCAGCCCUGGCCGGCCGGACAAACUAGCGCCGACGCCGGCGCCGGCACUCACAGGUUUGCUCAAAGGCAAGAGUGGGAGCAGAAGCACAAGAGGAAACAGAGCUUCUAUGGUUCGUUCCAGCCCCAUGUUUGUCUCUCGUCGGAGAACCUCAUCGGAAGCCGAUGAAGGUGAGCCGUCUUCUCCCAAGGUCACGUGCAUGGGCCAAGUGCGUAUGCGCCGGAAGAAGACGAACGGCGAAGCCGCCAAGCCGAGUUCUCGCAAAUGGCGCCGCCCUCGUUGCCGUUGCUUCGAUGGAACUUUCCUUUGUUUCAGGUGGCGGCCGGUGUGGCGCCGCGUCAAAGAGCUGCCGCUCCGGCUGAGUUACAGCCGAGCUCGGAGCUCCAGCUCUAUUAAGGAGGAGCCGCCGGAAGACGCCAAGCCGGAGCAUACGGUGACGUCAGCAUCGGAGGAUGAUGAGGAUGAUGAAGAGGAGACGAAGGUGUUCGUGCCGUCAGCGACGCCGCCGAGAAACGCGCUGCUGUUGAUGAGAUGCAGGUCGGCGCCGCACAACCGAGCCGCGCCGGCGCCAGUGGCUCCGGCGCAGCCGGACAUGGCGGCUGGAGAAGAUGAAAGCAAAGGAGAUGGAGAAAAGAAGAAGAAGAUGAUGAUGAUGAUGAUGAUGUGUUCCUUAUCUCCUUCUUCUCCUUCAUCUCAUCCUCUGGUUCUCAUGCGUUGCAAAUCGGAGCCGGCUAGCACGGCGGCGGCGAAGCUCGCCGCCGUCGCCACGUCGGAAACCUUAUGUGAUACUACUACUAAAAUUACACACCAAUGAGAAUUAUUUUUAUCAUUAUUAUUA